UUCUAGUUGAAUACCUUAUAAUUACAAUCAUGAGUUGUAGACAAGAUAGUGAUGUAGGCAUUACAAGUUAUUUGAAUCCACAUGAAGGAUUUGGUGGAAUCGUUAAAAUGAGAUUUCAAGAUUUUUUGGUAAAUGAAAUAGAUGAAAAUGAUCAAGUUGUUCAUCUCACGGAUGUCACCUGCAAUUUACCAAAAAAUGAAGUUAAAGUAGAACCAGAAAAUACAAACAAAGAAGAAAUUGUUGAUAUAUUAUCAGAUGAAGGCAAAGAGAAGCUUCUUUCUCUGGUAGAUAACAAAGAAAUUGAACAUGUGUUUCUUAAAGGCGGUGCCUCGAAAGAUGAACGAGCUAAAAUUCAUCAAGCUAUUCGUUACCUCCAUCCUCAACUUGAAAGCCGUACUGUUGAUGAUUCUGACAAAAACGAAAAAGUAAUCAAAGUGACAAGAGCGACCGAAAAUAGCAGAGGUCAAAAUAAAAAGAGACUUUAUCCUCGAAAGCAACUCUGUAAGUUUGUAUUAUUCAAACGAAACAUUGGAACUAUGUCUGCUAUAAGUCAAAUGGCUAAAUGUCUUCAUUUGCACAAGGCAAAUGGUUUUCAGUAUGCUGGCACUAAGGAUAAAAGAGCUGUCACAGCACAACUUGUCACUGCCCCAGUUGCACCUGAAAGGCUACGUGGAUUGAAUAAACUAAAAACAAACAUCAAAGUUGGAAAUUUUUCGUACUGUUCAAAGCCUUUGCAAUUAGGAUCAUUAAGAGGAAACCACUUUACUAUUGUUAUAAGAAACAUCACUGGAUCUGAAAAAGAUAUUGCAACCGCAUUUGAGUCAUUCACAACAAAUGGUUUUAUAAAUUAUUUUGGGUUGCAGAGGUUUGGCACGACAUCCGUCCCAACUCAUGUGGUCGGAAUCGCAAUACUUAAAAGCAAAUGGCAAGAAGUUGUCAAUUUAUUACUGCAGCCGAGAGAUGAUGAAACUGAUAUAAAUCUUAAUAGAGCACUCAAGGAAUAUUUAGAGUCUGGUGAUGUAGAUGCUGCUUUGAAAUGCCUGAAGUAUAAAAGCUCAAUUGAAGGUAUUUUACUCCAAGGGCUUAAAAGAUUCGGGAAAACGCAACUUCUACAAGCGAUUACUACGAUACCCCGAAACAUGAGAAAAAUGUAUGUUCAUGCUUAUCAAAGUUAUAUAUGGAAUCAAGUUGCCAGUAAACGUGUUAAGGAGCUUGGAUUUAAACCAUUAGCAGGAGAUAUUGUUCUUGCCGAUGUGUAUGAAAACAGAAUUUCUUCUAACGGCGAUAAAGAUGAGCCUCCAGUAAAGAAACUUCGUUCUGAAAGAGUCUCUGUAGAGGAUGACGUAAAUUCAAUAAAAUGCUCAUCGGAAGAUAUAAAAUUUCUCACAGAAAAAGACUUGGAACUUUUCAAAAUUGAAGAUGUUUUAUUGCCCCUCCCAGGACAUGAUGUUAAGUACCCUGAAAAUGUUGUCAAAAACUGGUAUCAAGAGAUCAUGCUCAAGGAUGAUAUCAAUAUAGAUAUACACAUGGUGCAUAAAGUGAAAGAUUAUUCUUUACCUGGUGCAUACAGAAAUAUAGUUACCCUGCCAUCGCGUGUAGAAUAUGACACUAUUCGUUAUGAUGACUACACGGUGCCCCUGCUGCAAACUGACCUUGAAAAAUUGAAUGAUAUUGAAGAGACUACAAAUGUGCCAGAUGGGAAAUUCCUAGCAAUGAGAUUACAAUUCAGCCUUCCUUCAUCAUGCUAUGCUACUGUUGCGUUACGAGAACUCAUGAAAACGGAUCUCUCUUUAUCUGCCCAAAAAAAACUUAACGAUGAUCAUGGAAGUGUUGAAGUGGAAACUAAGAACGACUGAUUGUCACAUGGUGGCCUGUAAUUGAGUUCUGUCAUUUUUCUAAGUUGCGAAUAAUGGUUUUGAGCUACC